GUUAUAUUGGUGCUGGGAUGCUGUCUGCAGCCGUAGCAGGAGGAGUGUUCGCCUCUCCGCCUCCCGCCAGCAUCCUGGCUGCUAUUCUCUCCUUACACCAAGCAGGAGCUUCAGGUGUUCUUCUCAUUGUGAAGAACUACACUGGUGACCGGCUGAACUUCGGCCUGGCUGCAGAGCAGGCCCGUAACCAGGGCGUCGACGUGGACAUGCUGAUCGUGGCCGAGGACUGUGCCUUCGACAAACCCAGUAAGGCUGGCAGGAGAGGCCUGUGUGGCACUGUCUUCAUCCACAAGCUUGCCGGGGCUUUGGCGGAAGAGGGCUGUUCUUUGAGCCAGAUAGUUACCAAGAUGAAAGAGGUUUUGAAAGGGGUUGGCACGCUGGGAGUCAGCCUGUCUCCAUGCAGCGUCCCCGGGUGCCUUCCUUCUUUCGACCUGCCACCAGGAGCCAUGGAGCUGGGACUGGGAAUUCACGGAGAACCUGGGAUUAAGAGGUCAAAGGUGGUGUCUGCAGAUGAGGUGGUGAAGAUCGUGAUGGAUCACAUGACCAACCCAGACAGCCAAUCCCAUCUGCCUCUGAAAUCAGGUGACACUGUUGUUUUGUGUGUGAAUAACCUGGGAGCUCUGUCCUGCCUGGAGAUGGCUGUAGUUACUCAAGCUGCCGUUACCUGCCUGGAGAGCCGUGGGGUGGUGGUUGCCAGGGUGAUGUCUGGGUCGUUCAUGACAUCACUGGAGAUGGCGGGAGUGUCGCUGACCCUGAUGAGAGCCGACCCUGAAAUACUGAGACUGUUCGAUGCUAAGACCAGCGCCCCCGCGUGGCCGAACCUCAGCACUGCAAGUGUGAGUGGACGCAAUUACACCACAGAGGCUCCUGUUAUGAGCACCCGGCCACAGGAUGACAAACACUCACAAGGGCCCCUGAGUCCUGUGAUGCGCAAAGUUUUGGACAAGAUUUGUUCCACAUUAGUGGAAAAACAGGAGGAACUCAACUCUUUGGAUCGGGCUUCUGGGGAUGGAGACUGUGGUAACACACAUGCUCAGGCUGCCAGAGCUAUUCAAGAGUGGCUCCAGGACCAUGUGGUUCCCGGUUGCCCAGGGCGACUGCUUUCGGUCCUUGCUGGAUUAGUGGAGGAGAAGAUGGGCGGAUCCUCUGGAGCGCUUUACAGUCUGUUCCUCACCACGGCUGCUGGUCAUGUGACUGAGGGGCGGAGCUUAGGUGUUGAGAGGCAGAACAGGUACGGAGGUGCCGACCCUGGAGAUAGAACAAUGCUGGAUGCUUUGUGUCCUGCUGCUGAGGAGCUCAUGAAGCUGAGCACAGCACCACCUGCUGGACAGAUGGCUAUCCUACAUGCUGCUGUACAGAAAGCAGCUGCGGGUGCGGAGGCAACCCGCGACCUCACGGCCAGGGCCGGGCGGGCCAGCUACAUUGCUGCAGAACGAGUCACGCUGGCCGACCCCGGCGCCGUGGCUGUAGCCGCCAUACUGAAAGCCGUAGAAGAGACACUGAAGGAAGAGAAGUGA